AUGCCGUCAGCGAUUCCAACAGGCAAUGAGAGAAUUACCAAAUUCACGAAUUGCAGAUUAGUCAAAGGAGACGAGCUAGUGGAGCAGGAUCUAUGGGUGAGCUCUGAGACAGGAAAGAUCGUACGGAGUCAAGAGGUCUUCUACGGCAAACACGAAGUGCCAGACAACAUAAUAAACCUUGGCGGACGAAUUAUAUCCCCAGGUCUUAUUGACGUCCAACUGAAUGGUGCCUUUGGGUUCAACUUCUCCACGAUACCAGACGAUGUUUCAAGCUAUGGGAAGGUCUUGAAACAAGUCAACAAGUCCCUCGUCCAAACAGGAGUCACCUCUUACCUCCCAACCCUCACUUCCUCCCGCCCAGAAGUCUACCAUCAGGCACUCCCAUUUCUUGGACCAUCUGGCGGUCCACGGCGGGCAGAAGAUGGGGCUGAGUCCCUUGGUGCACAUUGCGAAGGCCCAUUCAUAAGCCCAACCAAGAAUGGCAUCCAUCCCGUCGAGGUCAUUGUCCCAGCUGUCAAUGGCUUCUCAGACCUGGAAAAAAUGUAUGGCGCUUCGAAUAUAUACCCGACUGUUAGUCCAAUAGACGGGGCUCUGCUGCCUCCCAAAAUCAGAAAGAUCACCGCUGCACCAGAAAUUGCUAAAAUGACGCAAACCAUACCCGAGCUCAUAUCAAGGGGAAUCAUUUACUCGAUGGGCCACACGGAGGCAACGUACGAGGAGGCAUCCGCCGCCGUUGCGGCGGGCGGAACCAUGAUAACGCACUUAUUCAACGCCAUGCGCCCGCUGCACCACCGAAACCCGGGCGUGUUCGGCGUUCUUGGUUUAGCAGAGAGCCUUCCGCGGCCAUAUUUUGGUGUAAUCGCAGAUGGCAUCCAUCUCCAUCCAACAAGCAUCAAGAUAGCGUUCAACGCGCAUCCCGAUGGGUUCAUUCUCGUGACAGAUGCCAUGCAUCUUGUGGGAUUGCCGGAUGGGGUGUACGAAUGGAAUAACGACGGGGAGAGGCUGGUGAAGACGGGGCCAAGCUUAACCUUGGAGGGAACAAAUAAAAUUGCUGGGAGCUCAAUCACGCUAAUAGAAUGUGUGACAAACUUCCUCAAUUGGUCGGGAGCCAGCGUUCCCCAGGCGCUCAAGGCAGUUACCGCAACACCAGCGGCAAUGCUCGGCCUCGGCGGCGUCAAAGGGAGUUUAGAAGGUGAUGCCGAUGCCGAUCUGGUAAUUAUCGACGAAGAAAUUGAUGAGAGUGGGAUGAAGAAUUUGAGAAUUGAUCAGGUGUGGAAAUUUGGAAACUCAACACACUGGUUUGUGGCUAUUGAAGAAGAUAUUGGGCAACCUAAGAUGAAGAGUGGAGAAUUGAUCUAG